AUGAAAAAGUUUGAAGGACUUUUGGGUAUUAGCCAUCGCCGAAUUAGACAAAAAGUACAACAAGGAGUAGCUGCUCAAAUGUUUAAAACGUUUUCACAUAAAGGUGCAUCAUGUACUGACGAAUAUUCUAAUAUACAAGAUAUUUUAAACUCCAUUGACGAAAUUGACCCAAUGCCCAUGGAUUUGAAUGAAAACGUAAGAAUGGAUACAUGUAUCAACGACACAGCAGCUGUUCCAGUAAAUUAUCAAGAAGAAAUUUCAACAAAAACAGCAGAACCAAUAAACAGUGAAAGUGAUUGUUCUACUGAUUAUGAUGAUUCAAUAGAUGAUAUAGAAAUAAGUGAUGAAGAAAUAAAUGAUGAGAGUUUUCCUUACUUUGAAAUUAAAUCUGAACACGAAUUACCAUUUAGAAAUAUUUCAGCAGAUGACAAUUUGUUUUUUAACGACAAUUUAGAAGAUGCUGAAUAUGUACGUGAUAAAAAAUCAGAAAAAUUCAAUACAUCGAUUACUUUAUGGGCACUUGCUUUCGGGAUACCACACAUAGCACUGACUGCUCUGCUAAUUAUUUUACGAACACAUACGGAUCUAAUUAUACCCCGUGAUAGUCGAUCGUUAUUGCACACUCCCAGAAAUGUAGAUAUUAUUAACAUGGAUGGCGAUGGCAAGUAUUGUCAUUUCGGAUCAACGAAGAUUGUUGAAAAAAUUGCAAAUGAAUAUUUAAAACGCAACUUGAAAAAUCGCGAGAUACGGCUUAUUUUUAAUAUUGAUGGGUUACCGAUUUAUAAGUCAUCACAAAAAUCAUUAUGGCUUAUUUUAUGUUCCGAUGAAUUAUUAAAGAAAGUUUUUGUUGUCGGAAUUUUUGCUGGUACAUCGAAACCUGCAGAUUCAAAUGAGUUUCUCAAACCUUUUGUCGAUGAAGCUGCACAACUUUGUGGUUCUUCAAUAACAGUUAAAGAACAAUAAUUUCA